UUCAUUUUUCCACUGUUAAAAAAGCUCUCAGUUCAGGAAGAAUUGAAUGAGGAAUUAAAGGGAGUGUAUAUCAAAUGAUGGCAAGUUCAAAUAAAACCAGAAACAACUUUACAUCAAAUAAUCAAGCAGUAUGUACAAGAACAAACCAAAUCUUAGCCCUAAUUCUAAUUACAGUUACAUUCUUUCUUACAAGAAUUUUCAAUCAAUCUUGCCCUAAUAAUUACUCUUCCAACUCUUUUAUCAGCAAAUCACCAUCAUCACAAGAUCUUUAUUUUGUUAAUGCUUGGCCUAAUAGAGGUUUUGGAGAUCAGCUUUCUUUGAAGAUCUAUGUUUAUGAUGAAAAUGAAAUUGAUGGUCUUAAAGAGUUGAUGUAUGGUAGAGAUGGGAAAAUUACUGUUGAUUCUUGCUUGAAAGGCCAAUGGGGAACUCAGGUUAAAAUCCAUCAGCUGCUCCUUAAGUCAAGGUUUCACACAUUGAAGAAACAGGAAGCGGAUCUGUUCUUUGUUCCAACUUAUGUGAAAUGUGUUCGGAUGAUGGGUGGUCUGACUGAUAAAGAAAUAAACUCAACAUAUGUCAAGGUUUUAAGUCAAAUGCCAUAUUUUCGAUUAUCAGGUGGGCGCGACCAUAUAUUUGUUUUCCCCAGUGGUGCCGGAGCUCACAUUUUCAGAUCUUGGCCGAAAUACUUAAAUCGAUCCAUCAUUCUUACUCCUGAGGGGGAUCGCACGGAUAAGAGAGACACGAGUGCUUUUAAUACAUGGAAAGAUAUUAUUAUCCCUGGAAAUGUUGAUGAUAGUAUGACAAGCUAUGGAGCUAGCUUAGUCAACCCUCUUCCCUUAUCAAAGAGGAAGUUUUUAGCAAACUUCUUAGGUCGGGUUCAGGGAAAAAUUGGCCGUAUUAAACUGGUUGAGCUUGCAAAGAAUUUCCCAGAUAAGUUGGAAUCUCCAGAGUUGAAGUUCAGUGGCCCUGAAAAACUCGGUCGUAAAGAGUAUUUUGAACACUUACGGAAUGCAAAAUUCUGCCUAGCCCCACGCGGCGAAUCAUCGUGGACUUUGCGGUUUUACGAGUCCUUUUUUGUGGAAUGCGUCCCUGUGAUCUUAUCCGAUCAGGUAGAACUUCCUUUCCAGGAUGUCGUUGACUACAGCCAGAUAUCAAUCAAGUUUCCAUCUACACAUAUUGGUCCUCAACUCUUAGAAUACCUAGAAUCAAUUCCGGAUAAAGAGAUAGAUGCCAUGAUUGCCCGUGGCAGACAGAUUAGAUGCUUAUAUGCAUAUGGUCCAGAAACAGAACCGUGUUCUGCAUUUGUUGGAAUCUUAUGGGAACUUCAAAAAAGAGUGAGACAGUUUCACCAAUCUACAGAAACAUUCUGGUUACACAACGGGUCUAUUAUAAACAGAAACUUCGUACAGUUCCAUGAAUGGAAACCUCCCAUGCCUUUGCCAUGAAUUUCCCUUGCCACUUCACUUCAGCUAUCUGGUAUAUAUCUCUCAAGUUGAUUAUGAGAUGAAAUUACCCUCAUCUUACAUUUCUUCGGUUCUUCCCAAGCCAAGAUGAUCCAUCUAGCCUGAGUCAUACGUUUCAUCUCGAGUUUUAGCGUCGUGCUUAGAUGGAAGUUAUGGGACACCACCCUCGCGGCUUCACGUCUUGGGUGCAGAUUAGGAGCAUCUUUUACGCUAGUAGUUAACAAGAGCGGUAUAAUAUGUCAAAUUACUCCUCAAAGAAGAUUGUAAUACCCUAUUUGCUUCUUUUUUUUCUCGAUAAUACCCUCUUUACCAGAAAUCAUCACAUUGUACGUCAUGUACUCAUCAUGAUUUGAGUGAUAAAUUUUAUGGCUAAACCUAAUUCAACAAAAGAUGUAGUUACAUUUUCUUAGAAAUUUUUCAAAUGCAAUACAUUUACCCCCCAAAA